UAAAGAGAAGAGAAGAAACAAGAAGAAAGAGAUUGGGAAUUUGAUUUCAAAAACUUUAAAACACUUGUGAACAAUUUCACAGAGAGAAGGGCUUUUCAUCGUUCAACCCCUUCUCUCUCUCUGCCUCCGUUCCCACCGGAACCCUAGCAUCAUCGCCGUCGCCGUCGCCGUCGUUCAUGGCGUUCUUCUUGCUUCCCAAGCAAUCAUUCCGGCGACCACCACCUUCUGCCGCCGCCGGAAACAACCAAUGAACGCCACCGGAAAACAACACCACCACCACCACUGUACUCAAUGAAUUUAGCUAAGCUAGGGUUUCAGUUGGAUUUCGGAUUCAGAGAUCUCUCUAAUUAACUUAUUUCAUUUCUAACCGCUCUUCCUCCGAACCCGGGAACCGUUACCGGAUCCCUAUUUCAUGGCUAGGGGCUUCGAGAAGCUUCGCCGGUGCGCUCGGACGGUUUUCUUCGUCGCGGCAUUGGUGGCGUCGCUGCUGGUUACCUCGCUGCCGGUGCUUGUGGCGGCGGUUGAUGUGCUCGUUCCUUGCGUUUUGAUUUCCAGCUUCACGUGCGUCAGGUGCUAUGGUUUCAAGGAGCAUUUGCGUCGAUACGAUUUUAAGAGCUCGUUGACGGACAUUCCUCUCGUUUCAGUCAUACGAUCGCUCAUCAUUAUCUGUGUUUAUUCCAUUUGUGAUGGUCCUGCUCUCUCACAUGGACCUUACCUUGGAACGGUGACUGUGUGUUCCUUUGUUUCUAUUGCUGUUCUUUCAGUGAAAGCUUGUGUUUCCACCGUGAAUUCCCAGAUUGAGGCGGAAGCUUCAGUUUCCAUUACAAGGAAGAUACUCCGUUUGAAAAAGUCAUGGGGAAUGCCUGUCUUAUUUCUCUCGUCAGUUGUGUUUGCCCUUGGCCAUAUUGUGGUUGCUUAUAGAACCAGCUGUAGAGCAAGGAGAAAGCUCAUGUUUCAUCGAGCUGACCCUGAAGCUGUCCUUUCAUGCAAAAAUGUAUUCUCUGGCUAUCAGAAGGUCCCACGCUCUCCUGUACCUUCUGGGGGUCGAACCCCAAAAAGUGACAGUGAAAUGAGGCGGCGACCUUUCGGAGCAGCUCGUGAUGAAGAAGUGCCAGUCAGGUUACUUGCAGACUCGGACAGCUUAUUCAUCACCUGCCAAGGUCUCACUCUCCAUUACAAGCUCAGCCUGCCUGGUCCACCUCUGCUUACCUUGUCCUCAAAAUCCUUGCUUGAAUCUAGUGCUUUUUGCAGCACUGCAUCAAAGUCUGGGGGUCUGUCGCAGUUUAAUAGACAUUUGACAUGUGUGUCUCCAAACAUCCAGAGACAACUUUUCAGGAGCUAUAGCAAUCAAUUCCAUGGCUCAUCUUUACAUACUCCUCUCUUAGAUGGUUCAGUAACUUCUCCCCAUCUUUCAGAAGAUCUCCCUGUUUUGCAUCUAGAUGAAAUCCAUGAAGAUGAUGAAACACUUAAAUCAGAUUCUUUGUCUUUCGAGCAAAAUUUAGAGGGCAUUGGCCAAGUGGGUAUUGUUUUAAUACAUGGGUUUGGGGGAGGAGUCUUCUCUUGGCGGCAUGUAAUGGGAUCUCUAGCUCAGCAGAGUAAUUGCACAGUUGCUGCAUUUGAUAGACCUGGUUGGGGAUUGACUUCAAGACUGCGGCGGGAGGAUUGGGAGAAAACUGAACUGCCUAAUCCUUAUAAACUUGAAAGUCAGGUUGACCUGCUUUUAUCUUUCUGUUCGGAGCUUGGAUUUUCUUCAGUUGUGCUAAUUGGUCAUGAUGAUGGAGGGUUGCUUGCUCUGAUGGCUGCACAAAGAGUUCAAACAUCGAUGAAUUCUUUCAAUGUUACUGUGAAAGGGGUUAUAUUGUUAAAUGUUAGCUUGUCAAGGGAAGUAGUUCCUUCCUUUGCUAGAAUCCUUCUGCAUACCUCACUUGGAAAGAAGCAUUUGGUUCGGCCACUACUAAGAACUGAAAUCACUCAAGUGGUGAAUCGGCGUUCAUGGUAUGAUGCUACCAAACUGACAACAGAAGUUUUGACACUCUAUAAGGCUCCUCUAUAUGUAGAAGGAUGGGAUGAAGCACUUCAUGAGAUUGGUAAAUUGUCAUCUGAAACCAUCCUUUCGGCAAAAAACUCAGAAUCAUUGCUACAUGCUGUAAAAGACAUUUCAGUGUUGGUUAUAGCUGGCGCUGAAGAUUCACUUGUCUCUUUGAAAUCAUGUCAGGCGAUGGCCUCAAAAUUUGUAAAUUCUAGACUGGUUGCAAUAUCAGGGUGUGGCCAUCUACCCCAUGAGGAGUGUCCAAAGGCGUUGCUUGCAGCUAUAUUAGCCUUCAUUAGUAAGCUAUUCUCUGUAUAUAACUCGCAAAGUCAAUAGGUCAUCACUUCACAAGUUCAAAUAGAGGUCAAUCCUUUGUAGGGCGCUUUGUUUCUUCCUUUCUUUUACUCCCCUUGUCCCUUCCGGGUUCCUUCUCUUGAUUUCCUCUUCCCUUCCUUUUUAUGCAAUAUCACUUCAAGCGAAAGAUCAAAGGUAUCUUCUCUUGGGUUUUUUAUGUGCUAGCUUUACUUUAACAUGUAUCUUCCUCUUCCCUAUGCUUUUUUUUUUCUUCUUUUUUAGCUGUCAAUAUUCAUGGUCAAUUGAGCUGCCUGUCACUUCCCACUAUAAGAAAGUAGGAAGUAGGCUACGUAAUUGUAAAUUUAAUUUAUCAUCAGAUUGAUCAUGAAUAUAAUUUAGCAUGUUGUUUUUA